AUGAAAUUGUCUCUAGCGGUUACACCUCGUUUGACCAUACGUUUCUUGGCUGUGACAGUGAUGUUCUGUACUGGUCUGGUUCAUAUCCUCGCUCUUGAUGAUAAACUGGCGCGGAAACCGCGAGGAGAAGAUCGCGUAUCUACUGAAGGCACUGAAGUUGGUGGACAACAAUCGCUGCCGUUCCGUGAUCGAAGAACGGUGAAAAAUAACCGAACUCCCAAUUUGGCGGACUUUGCAAACCGGCUGAAAGAUCUCGAAGAAAGGUAGCUAAAGGUAUUAUGUUAGCUCGACGAUUUGCUAUCUCAUUUUGAGAACUCAGUUAAUUCGAGACCACAGGAACAUUCUAUUAGACACUGUUCAUCAGUUACAAUGUUCACACCGUUUGUAAAAUGACGGAUUUACUAACCUCAUUUCCUCUUCCUUGCCAAGCCACAACAACAGCAUACGUUUGUCUCGAAUGAUGAUCAGACGAUUUCAUGAACUGGAGAAAAGGUUUGAGAAAUGAAAUUAAAAAUUCACCAUUGUUAAAUAAAUAUAAUUGCUUUUUUAAACUAAGUAUACUUCGAUUCUGAAAUUGCCGUUGCAUACUGGGGGAAAUCUGUUCAAUCUCUUGUCUAACGAAGCAUGUGCUCAGUUUUCGACAGUUUGGCAACAUGGCAAAUCCCCUCUUUCGUAAAAUGUGUAACGGCGACUCCGGAGGUCAGGAAGCCGAAGGGGGAUAUUAUAAGCCUUUAAAACAGUUUCAAAACUGUGCAUAGGCUUGGGUCUCCUAUUAUAAAAGUACCUGGAUACCCCCUUUAAACAGGAAAACGCUUUCUGUUGGCCGGCACUGAUGAAUGUUGAAGACUUGCAGCCCGCGGCUUGUGUGGGAAGAUCAUGCAGUUUUCAUAUCCAGAAUAGAAUAUCCUUCAGUGUAAAGACCAGAGUAAUUGUCGAUUAUCUAUAAACUGACUUGACGACAGUUUUUUUCCUUUCAUCCACGCACUAAUUUCCUAGAGCAGAAGAAGCGUAGCAAACACCACGAAAAUAUAAAAGCACUUGACUCUCGUAAGGCCCAACUGGUAGUUGAACUAGGGCUAAAGACACGAAGGUCCCCGUUACACUAUCCCUGACAAUUUCUAUGUUUGACUCUUUUUUUCAGAUUUGAUGGCUUACUGCGAUUAUCUCCCCGACCAGCGGGGGAAUCUUACGGGUCACUUUUGACCUACAUUCUUGGUAAAAUAUGUUGUUCAAUCCUAUUGCAAACUAGUACGAAACUAUAGCUACCUAUAAGCAACCAGCGAGUUUCCUUAUAUAAUAUCCGGUAGGCAACAUGAACAGCCGGAAAUAUUCAAUUCAGGUGUUUUGCCCUAAAACUUCAGUCCUUUUAAAAACUUAAUAUAAGCGAUUUUAUGUUGUCUGUGAUUUAGUGUUUUAGAAUGUGGCCCAAGAACCGGUGUGUAAUUCAUUUGGUAAAUUUGCGUUAUUUGUGAGUGGCAUCACCGAACCUCUUUCCCAGGGCUUCAAGUUUUCCUUAAAACAAAAAAAAAAUGGUGGAGGGGCAUUUUCUGAGCGAAAAAGUAUCGGGGGCGAAGUUUCGACAUCAGCGUGUUUCUUUUUCAGGACAACAUAUGCAGAACACCGGAAAGGGGCGAGUUGGACCACCUGGCCCACCUGGGAAACAGGGACCGGUUGGUGCUCCUGGGACACAGGGGCCUGCUGGUGCUCCUGGGAAACCAGGACCAAUAGGAGCAAAAGGAUCAAAAGGUAUCAAGGACAAACGACAUAGAGAUCAAAGGAAAAACUGAAGCUUUUAUAACACCAACUGUGAAUGUAGGAAAAAGAGCAAAAGAAACUCCCCUUUCAACAUACCAACAUUUACAAGUUAGCCACCCGGCUAGCUGUAAACAAUAAGUUCCAUUCAUCGAAUUUCAGCUAACAUCUUAUUUCUUUUCUAUGGUGUUUUUGGGUCUUUUGCAAGCCGGCCAUUUUUCAACCGUUAUAUUCGUGAUUUGUAAUCGUCAGAAUCCCAUAGAAAAAAAUAGUCUCGCGACAGCUCCAAUUUUGAGCCAAAUGAUGUAAUAAGUCGAAAUUGAGUGCUUGGGGUCUUUUUAUACUUUGUAGGAGAACAGGGAAAACAAGGAACCAACAAGUCAUUCCCAGGACCUCCUGGUCCUAAAGGAGACCAGGGAGCAGUUGGAAAAACUGGAGCCCAGGGACCACAGGGUGCAAAAGGCGAAAAGGGACAGGAUGGAGUUGGGACAUCAGGAGUGAAGUACGUUCGCUGGGGAAGGACCACAUGUCCUAGUGGUGCGCAAUUUACGCGCAUGAUUAAUAUAUUUGAUUGCACCUGGUAAGUAGACCGCGAGCGGUGGUCCUUCUUUCCACAGGGCCACGCGCAGCAAGUGAAAAAGUAGAAUUACCGUGAUUCAAAAGAAAAAUAAGAGACUGCUCGCAGUCUACUUGGUAGGGGACGGGACGGCGAAUUUUGUAAAAACAGGUUAUCAAAUUGUUUUCAGGCGAGCUCUUGCGAUGGCUACUCAAUGGAAGAACAGCUAACAAAUGCGAGAUUAUAUCCCUAUAUUUUUAGCCCAUUAAGGGCCUGUUUACAUGGAGUGGGGGACCCCGGUCUAGUGGGGUUGGUUUCUUUUGUUUUCACGCUCUGGGGGACACAAAACAAAAGAAACCUACCCCACUAGACCGGGGUCCCCCACUCCAUGUAAACAGGCCCUAAGCCCUGACAGUGAUGAACAACAAAGGUCUCCUUUGAAUACAACACAUUUUACACAUUGGUGACGAGAAUGAAGGGACAUGAUCAAAAACAAUAAAUCUAAUUAAAACUUCAACAAAUUCUCCCACUAAUAACAACAACUUUUAUUUAAAAACAUACUGUUCAAAUUGAAGCUAACACAGUUUAUGGGGCCGUGUACAUAUUAAUUAAAAACAUGCUAAUGAAAAUACAUAAUUGUAAUUAAAAAAUCUAUACCUAAAAAGUAAAAAAGUAGUCAAUUCUUGUGUUAUCCAAAAAAUAUAAAUGUAUCAGUAUUAUUAUAUUGAUUAUUAGUCAAUGAAAGACGAAAUUACUGUCAUUGAACAUAUUCAUUGCAAGGGGUGAUUCAGCUGAGAAAUUGAGAUUUUUGAGGGCUUGAGAGUUUAUGGCCAUUUUAGCGUAGGCUCUUGUGUCAGCCACGGAGGGAUCUAACAAGUUCCAAGCAUGGGAUCCUCUGUACGUGAUGGAGUUCUUCAUGUUGUACGUUUCGAAACACGAAACACUUACGCGAUGGUGAUGACACAAGUCGUACUUGUUCUUUCGCCUCUGGAUUAGACGUUCUAAGCAUGAUGGAGUCAUGCGAUGAAAUAUUUUAUAAAUUAAAGUGGCUAUCUUGGCCUUGUACAUGUCAAAUAACAAGUCCCACCUGAUCGAUUUUCGAACGUCUACAGAGGGUAAGUCUCGGGGAAGGUUAUAUAUGACUCAAGCAGCUCUGCCAUGUAUAGAUUCCAAAGCAUUGACUUCAUUCUUAUUGGUGGCACACCCCCAAUUGGUAGCGCCAGACCUCUUAUUUGUAGCGUAAGACCACUUAUUCUGAAGAAAACGUGUAGAGACAACAAAUGGAUAAAGUAUGGAAUAUUUUUUGAAGUAUAGCUACCAUACUUUACUUUGGAGAUUGGAAUCGGCGUUUUCUCCAGUCCAUGAUAUCGCAUGAAAAUUUAAAAACGCACAAACUUGUCACCCAGCUUACUGUUUGUUGACUGUCCACCCAGUUUACUACUCGCCCCUUGCCAGUCCAUUCUCGUUUUGCGAAGCCAUGAUGUUCCAUCGAGCAUCAAAUUCUCCAGUUUUGCACUGUUAAAGAUGUUAAAGUUUAUAUCUCGUUUUAGAAGUAACCCUUUGGUCGGUGGAAAUUGCAUCAAGGUCAGUGAAAUGAAAGGAAAUUUUACAUGAAACAUGAAUUUUACAUUCAAGUUAUAAAUUGCUCUCUGAAAUUUCUACGUGAAAGCAGCAAGCUUUGUGAGGUUAAUGUUAUCGGUAAAAAUGCCUGGUUUAUUCAGUUCUUCUCUUUUACUAUUUUCACUAAACUCGAAGCACUACUCGAUAACUUCAAGUCUAAUUAUUUUUUAGACAAAGGGGAAACAAUUGAGGUAAGAUUUUACAAACAAAUUGACGGUUCUUAGUAUAAAGUGUUUGGAGCGUAGUUUAACAGUCGUUAAAGUUUUUAUAAACUCAAGAUUAAAUGAUAUCUUUUCGUUUUUUCGUGGGCAUCCAGGUUUGGGCUCAACUUAUUCCUGAACCAUGGGAGCCACGGGAGGAAAACCUUGUAACUAUAAGUAUAAAUCCUUCAGAUACAAUAGAAAGGGACUUUUAUAGCUAGUGAAAAACAACAUAAACUUUCAGCUUGAGCGAGCCAAAGCGAAAACAGUCUGAAUCAGAACUGUGUCGAUGUUGUGGUUCAAAGUUUUCUUUGCUUUGAUAAUUUUCAAAACAGCUUAAAGUUUGUCACAAUAUGAAUCAGCUAACUUCAUACUUAGGAAGGGUAGGUGGGCAGAUGUUUACCAGGGCCCGGUUGCAUAAAACCUGCACUUAAGUGCCCACUUAAGCAGGUCACUUAAGAAUCCGUUAUGGGUACAUUUACGGGUGUUGCAUGGAACACACUUAGCGCUCUCGUAAGUUUCUGUUUUACGUGGUAACUUACGGGCUCACUUAAGGGCACACGUAACUUUGUUAUAGUACUUUUAAUUAUUAAUUUGACUCACUCUAUUUUUUUAAAUUAAGUUAACCAUCGGUGAGUGUAAAGAAAGUGUCAAGUCGUUUCGAACACUUUUAAGCCUCUCAUUCAAAUAAAGUUUACAUGAAAUCGUUAUUUUACUUCAAUAUCCACUGGAAAUGUUUGUUGUUCUUCUUUUUUCUUAACGACGGCUUUAAAUUGUACAUCAGAGGUUAACAAAGCGCAUUAGAACGGAAUUACGUAAAGAAAAAACAAUUUUUUUUCACUUCUCGGUAAAAGAUCUCGUUAACUUUAGUAAAAACAGUAAGGAUACGGGACCUACAUAGGUCCCGUAAAUUUAAGUGCUAAUUUUCCCGUAAAAAAGGUUUUUUGCAACACCGGCAAUUUCUGUUGCAUAAAUGACACUUAAGUGGAUACUUACGAAAAUCGUAAGUGCAGUCACUUAAGUGAAACCCCUAAGUGGACCACGUAAAUGAUUUAAUGCAACUCACUUAAGUUAGGAGUACACGUACGUAUACCCGUAACUGUUACGGGCGUUUUAUGCAACCGGGCCCAGGGCCCGGUUGCAUAAAACCUGCACUUAAGUGCUCACUUAAGUAGGUCACUUACGAAUCCGUUAUGGGUACACUUACGGGUGUUGCAUGGAACACACUUAGCACUCUCGUAAGUUUCUGUUUUACGUGGUAACUUACGGGCUCACAGUAAGGGCACACGUAACCUUGAUAUAGUACUUUAUUAAUGAUUCAUUAAUGAUUUUUAAGCUAACCAUCGGUGAGUGUAAAGAAAGUUAAAAGUCGUUUCGAACACUUUUAAGCCUCUCAAAAAAUGAAAUUUGCAUGCCAACGUUAUUUUUCUUCAAUAUCUACUGAAAAUGAUAGUGCUUCUUCUUUUUUCACAAAAGUGUACAUCAGAGGUUAACAAAGCGCAUUAGAACGAAUUAUGUGAAGAAAAAUACUUUUUUUCACUUCUCAGUAAAAGAUUUCGUUAAAUUUUGUAAAAAACAGUAACGAUACGGGACCUACAUAGGUCCCGUAAAUGUCCGUGCUAUUUUUCCCUUUAAAAAAGUUUUAUGCAACACCCGCAAUUUCUGUUGCAUAAACGACAUUUAAGUGAACACUUACGAAAAUCGUAAGUGCAACCACUUAAGUAAAUUCCCUAAGUGGACCACUUAAGUGAUUUCAUGCAACUGACUUAUGUUACGAGUGCACGUACGUGUACCCGUAGUUGUUACGGACGUUUUAUGCAACCGGGCCCAGAACCUUAUACUGAUACACUUUUACUUAGAUCGAUUGUGGUCAUCAAUUUAAGGGAAAGGAAGGAAAAAUAACAGCUGAUUGAAAAAUGUGCAGAAAAUUAUUUUUCAAGUGGAGAAAUAAACUGUGGUCGGGGGUUGAGUAUGAAAAUAAUGUGAAGCAUUGUCAGUCCCAAGCACUGAUGUUGUUUAUUAAUUAUUUCAACAGCAAAGAUGUUUUUGCAUGUACCAAUUAACUAUUCGGGUUGUGAAUUCUAAAUCAUUCUUAAUAAUAUAGAACACCCUUAAGUUCUAAACAUUGCAUUCAUGACUUUCAAGACAUGAAUUUAGAUGUUAGAGCUGCAGAUUCCAACUUCAAUCAGGCAGAAAUUUGAGAUAGUAAUUCUGGCUGGCAUUAACCCAUUCGCCCCUGAACCGCCCGUAACCGCCCGUGCGGAUCCAGGUCCUUUCUACCCUUUGUGACGUCAUCAGUUUUAACGGUCAAGGACAACUUUCUUCGUUAACUUGUGCAGAGUGAAGAGAUCUUUCAAACCAUACCAGAAUGAGCACAAUUCAGUCAAGGACACCGGAGAAAGAAGCAAAAAACCACGUGACAAGGACCUGAAAAUCUCCAUGAAAAUCUUGUUCCAUUACCCACCUACCUUUCCUUUCACCUAAUCCUAAGAUCCUAAAAGCUUUCCUAAAAACUCUUCCCACCAAAAUGAAGCCUACUAAAUGCCCAGAAAGAGAAAAAAAAAUGAGGCAAGAAAAGCGAAAAAAGAAGGGAGGAGAGAAAGCGAAAAGUAAAAGUCAAGACUGCUGUGUCACUUUUAAACCCCAAAAAACUCGAAAUUUUGCUUUCUGGGCAUGCCCGAACUUCGCAAGCUGAUAUUUUGCAUCUGGAUCAGAAGGCCGCGAAGUGUACGACCUGUAAACCGGUUUGUGGUAAGUUUUAGCUCUUUAUAGCACGACAGUGACCAGAAAACUACUCGACUAGCUUCAAAACGCGUUUUUUGGCAAAAUCUCCAGGAGCGAAUGGGUUAAAGUAAGCAAGGUUUUAUUCCUCUAGAUCAAAAACUUGACUGUCCCUCAAAGACUUUUGUCAUCUGUUAUGAACCAAUUGUUUUUCCCUAUAUGCUGUACCAGUAAAGAUGAUAAAUUUGUCAUUAGCAUAUACAUACUUUGUUAAUUAAUUUCAGGGCAGCCUCUCAAAUACUGAGUAUCUAACAUUCAACUUGAGAAGCUCGGAACAGAAAAAACAAGGAACAGGAGUUAUCUCUAGAAAUGUAGUAACUUAAAGUACAAAACAUUUAUAUGGCAGUUCAUAAUAAUAUUGUUAUUGUUGUUGGAUUACAAAAAUAGCUCGCCAACCCAACUGGGCUAGCCUGCGUCGCAGGGUACUAUAGGGUGUGGUUGCCGAGUUGUCCUAAAUGGAUUGUAGUAACAGAGGAAGAUCACUUCCAGGAUUCUAAUCCCUGGUCCCCCGGAGAGACACAGAACGAAAAAUCAAAAAUUUACUUAAGAGGAAUAUGAUUUAUACGAAAGAACGGAGCCGAUUUUGAUCAAUUCCCUCCUGCCUUUGAACAUGACACGUGGCCAUGUCCUUCAAAGGUAAAUUCCGCUGUUAGUAUUCAGCCUAGCUUCUGUAGUUUGAUUCAGGUUCCUUUAAUUCAGCAAAUACAGGGAAUCCUGCUUCAACCCAAGAGAGGAUUUUACCUUCGACAGCCGCACCAAAGUUGUGUCAUCUCAGAGUAAAUUUUAGAUCCGUUUACAAACAAAAGAACUGCGACUCAUUAAUAUUCGUUCAAAGCUGUGUUAAUUGAAUGAUUUUCUUUGUUUGCCACUUAGCCGAGAUGAAUCAUGUCAAUGACUGUGUUUUUAAACACAGCUUGUUGCUUAAAAGCAACAAGCUCUCUCUCUCUCUGGGGUAAAUCAUGAAAGAGGCCUUCAAAAGGGGGUAUGUUAUGGCUUUGUUUGUCAUUCCCGAAGCUGCCUGCCGUCGCCUUGUGGGUUAGGAAAAAAUAUCGCUGUCCCCGAAAGUCGCUAGGGCAGAAAGUCGCUGUCGAUUGGCAUAAAUUUCUGUGAUGCUCAAUUUCAGAUUUACGGCAGAUAUACAAAAGUCAGGAUAAAGAGCCAAAAAAGAACAAAUUCUACUCUAAACUUUCUCCCGCGGUAAAUGAAAAGUUACGGACAUGCAUUCUCGCCCGAGCCCGAAUGGAGAGCUUGAAACCUCACAAUCAAAAAAAUUUCCGGAGGCUCAAAUAAAUAAGCUUAACAUGCAAAUUUAGUAACAGAUUUGACAUUUUAUAGUGGCCGGCAGAAGUAAAGAUAUACUCGGUACGGAUUCCAAUACUUAACUUAACCUCCACUUUUAACGCUACCGACCGGAUUCAGAUUGUCCGUAAGUGCCGUCUACAAACUUAAUAUGACUAUACCGAUACUAUAGUAGACUGUUUACUUAUUGUCCUUGCAUAUUUAAGUCUGUUACAAGCUCACAUCCGCCUUCCGAUGGCCUUAGAUGUUACGUCACAAGCGAGAAAAAUUUCUCGUCCAAAUUGUUGUACCUUCCGAGCUUUGAUAUUGACUUCACGUAACACCUUUUUGUGGAGGAUAGACAAAAGGUUGUUUUCUGUUUCAAAAGAUCUUUACUUUAAAAUGAAAUUGUCUCCAGCGGUUACACCUCGCUCGACCGUACGUUUCUUGGCUGUGACAGUGAUGUUCUGUGCUGGUCUGGUUCAUAUCCUCGCUCUUGAUGAUGAACUGGCGCGAAAACCGCGAGGAGAAGAUCGCGUAUCUACUGAAGGCACUGAAGUUGGUGGACAACAAUCGCUGCCGUACCGUGAUCGAAGAACGGUGAAAAAUAACCGAACUCCCAAUCUGGCGGACUUUGCAAACCGGCUGAAAGAUCUCGAAGAAAGGUAGCUAAAGAUAUUAUGUUAGCUCGGCGAUUUGCUAUCUCAUUUUGAGAACUCAGUUAAUUCGAGGCCAGGGGAACAUUCUAUGAGACACUAUUCAUCGGUUACGAUGUUCACACUGUUUGUAAAAUGAUGGAUUUACUAACCUCAUUUCCUCUUCUUUGCCAAGCCACAACAACAGCAUACGUUUGUCUCGAAUGAUGAUCAGACGAUUUCAUGAACUGGAGAAAAGGUUUGAGAAAUGAAAUUAAAAAUUCACCAUUGUUAAUAUAAUUGCUUUUUUAAACUAAGUAUACUUCGAUUCUGAAAUUAUCAUUGCAUUCUGGGGGAAAUCUGUUCAAUCUCUUGUCUAACGAAGCAUGUGCUUUUGGCAACUAAAAUGUGUAACGGCGACUCCUGAGGUCAGGAAGGGGGAUAUUAUAAGCCUUUAAAACAGUUUCAAAACUGUGCAUAGGCUUGGGUCCCCUAUUAUAAAAGUACCUGGAUACCCCCUUUAAACAGGAAAACGCUUUUUGUUGGCCGGCAGUGAUGAAUGUUGAAGACUUGCAGCCCGCGGUUUGUGUGGGAAGUUCAGUUUUCAGAUCCAGAGUAGAAUAUCCUUCAGUGUAAAGACCAGAGUAAUUGUCGAUUAUCUAUAAACUGACUUGAUGAGAGUUUUUUUCCUUUCAUCCACGCACUAAUUUCCUAGAGCAGAAGAAGCGUAGCAAACACCACGAAAAUAUAACAAUGCUUGACUCUUGUAAAGUUAAAUUCAAGCCGCAUUAAGGCGGAACUGGUAGUUGAACUAGGGCUAAAGACACGAAGGUCCCCGUUACACUAUCCCUGACAAUUUCUAUGUUUGACUCUUUUUUGCAGAUUUGAUGGCUUACUGCGAUUAUCCCCUCGACCAGCGGGGGAAUCUUACGGGUCACUUUUGACCUACAUUCUUGGUAAAAUAUGUUGUUCAAUCGUAUUGCAAACUAGUAGGAAACUACCUUUCAGCAACUAGCGAGUUUCAUUAAUAUCCGGUAGGCAACAUGAACAGCCGGAAAUAUUCAAUUCAGGUGUUUUGCCCUAAAACUUCAGUCCUUUUAAAAACUUAAAAUAAGCGAUUUUAUGUUGUCGGUUUAGUGUUGUAGAAUUCGUAAGCAACAAUGUGGCCAAAGAACCGGUAUGUAAUUCAUUUGGCUGGUAAAUUUGCGUUAUUUGUGAGUGGCAUCAUCCAACCUCUUUCCCAGGGCUUUUUCCUAAAAAAAAAAAAAAAAAAAAAAAAAAAAAAAAAAAAAAUUGGUGCAGUGGGGGGGGGGCACUUUCUAAGCGAAAAAGCAUCGGGAACGCGGUUUUGACAUCAGCGUGUUUCUUUUUCAGGACAACAUAUGCAGAACACCGGAAAGGGACGAGUUGGACCACCUGGCCCCCCUGGGAAACAGGGACCGGUUGGUGCUCCUGGGAAACAGGGACCUGCUGGUGCUCCUGGGAAACAGGGACCUGCUGGUGCUUCUGAGAAACAGGGACCUGCUGGUACUCCUGGGAAACAGGGACAGGCUGGUGCUCCUGGGAAACAGGGACCUGCUGGUGCUUCUGGGAAACAGGGACCUGCUGGUACUCCUGGGAAACAGGGACCGGUUGGUGCUCCUGGGAAACAGGGACCGGCUGGUGCUCCUGGGAAACAGGGACCUGCUGGUGCUUCUGGGAAACAGGGACCUGCUGGUACUCCUGGGAAACAGGGACAGGCUGGUGCUCCUGGGAAACAGGGACCUGCUGGUGCUUCUGGGAAACAGGGACCUGCUGGUACUCCUGGGAAACAGGGACAGGCUGGUGCUCCUGGGAAACCAGGACCAAUUGGAGCAAAAGGAUCAAAAGGUAUGAAGGACAAACGACAUAGAGAUCAAGGGAAAAACUGAAGCUUUUAUGACACCAACUGUGAAUGUAGGAAAAAGAGGAAAAGAAACUCCCCUUUCAACAUACCAACAUUUACAAGUUAGCCACCUGGCUAGCUGUAAACAAUAAGUUCCACUAAUCGAAUUUCAGCUAACAUCUUGUUUCUUUUUUGUGGAGUUUUUGGGUCUUUUGCAAGCCGGCCAUUUUUCAACCGUUAUAUUCGUGGUUUGUAAUCGUCAGAAUCCCAUAGGAAAAAAUAGUCUCAUAACAGCUCUAAUUUUGAGCCGAAUGAUGUAAUACGUCGAGAUUGAGUGCUUGGGGUCGUUUUUAUACUUUGUAGGAGGACAGGGAAAACAAGGAACCAACAAGUCAUUCCCAGGCCCUCCUGGUCCUAAAGGAAACCAGGGAGCAGUUGGGAAGACUGGAGCCCAGGGACCACAGGGUGCAAAAGGAGAAAAGGGACGGGAUGGAUCUGGGACAUCAGGAGUGAAGUACGUUCGCUGGGGAAGGACCACAUGUCCUAGUGGUGCGCAGAUAGUUUAUAAAGGUAUGCGAAAAGAAGCUUACAUGAUAGUUACUAUUAUGCCAUGAUUCUAAAUACAGAAAGAGUGAUAAGCUGAGGAUUUUUAUUCCACUUAUUAAUCAAAUUUAAAAGUGGCAACUAUGAAAUUUCUCUAAGCUUGUUACUUUUACUGGUCAAUGACCCGGGCAUCUCUUCAAGUUAUCUUUUUGUUGCAUUUUUCCAGCAGUGUAACUGGUUCAAGCAUAAGACAGAGUAAAAUCUGGGUAUGAGAAAACGCCCCUUGUGUUUCCCAACAAUGCGCGCUCUCACGGCAUUGUUUACGUCGAGGUCACAUGAAACUGUAUCCCACAUAAAGUUUUUUUACAGUCUAUGUCGUCGAUCGGAUCCAUGAACAUUGGAUAAUCACCCAUGAAGCAUAAAUGAUUACCGCUUGCUGAAAUGUAGUUUCAUAAAUUUGUAGUCAAGUACGCUUUUCUUUUUAGUGAUCAAUAGAAAUAGGCAGAAAAUGAAAUGGCAAAAAAGUAAGGACAUUGUAAUUCUAGAGUAUUGUAUUGAAUUUUUGUGUACUGAAAAUGUUACAGCCAUUAGGGUUUGUGGUCUUAGUGUUUAGGCAAUCUGAGUUCCCUAUCUUUGACAAUUCAGCAGUUUUCACCUCGAUCCUAGCGAUAUUGCGUGAGCUAGGUGUUUUGCCAAUGUUCUGAGUAAGAACUAGUCAACAGAAUCGCAUGGUUGAUGUUUUUGAAGGAAAGAAAGGAUUUCAAACUAUUUUAACUGAGUUUUCCGAUUUAUUUUGGCAGAAUGUUUUUCGUUUGCAACAACAGUUUACUCGAGUAAGAGAUGCCAUUUUGUUAACUCAGCAUUUCCUUACAAGGGGAAUUCAGUUGCCUAGAAAUAAAAGUUAAUUUAUGGCAAAAGAAAGUGAAAGCAAAUGUUCGCCAAAAAUUCAUUUCAAAUAACCAGCAGGACAGAGAAAAGGCGCCGUGCCUCUCUCAACCGCUAGCCGCCAUUUCAUGCACCUGCAAAGAACAUAACAAGAAACCUUUUCAUUAACUUGGCGAGUUGACAGAAGAGAUUAAAAAACAAAACACUACCCACGUCGAUUACAAAGAACAAUUGUUGAUAAUUUUUUUUGCCUUGCAUCAGGUAUAAUGGGUGGAGAGUUUUUCACUAACCGAGGUGGUGGAGCGAACUACCUCUGCCUUCCACACAAUCCAAAGUAUGACAAGUACACAAAUGGCCAUCAGAACUCCGGAUACAUGUACGGCACUGAAUAUGAAGUAUAUUAUCGCAACGGAAACCCUUUUAAGAGAAAUAUUCAUAAUCAUGAAGCAGUAUGCGUUGUCUGCUUCGUCAAGUCACGUGGCUCGAUGCUCAUGAUGCCCGCUAGGAAUGACUGUCCGUCUGGAUGGAUCAAGGAGUAUAAGGGGUACCUGAUGACUGCAUAUCAUAACCACGGGCAUCCAACCGACUUCAUCUGUGUUGACGGGGACCCAGAGUAUGUUCCUGGUAGCCAUGCCGACAGGAAUGGUGCUUUGCUGUACCCUGUGGAAGGUGUUUGUGGCUCGCUACCAUGUCUUCCUUAUGUCAGCGGUCGAGAGUUGACAUGCGCUGUGUGCACCAAGUGACAAGAAGAUACCUCUCACAGUGGCAUGGCCACCAUGCCGAUGAGCUACGAAAACCAAAUAAUAAUGGUUAAAUCAGUAUAUACUUUUAACUAGACUUAAACCACACUGCGUUAUCUGGUCUGCUAGCACUAAGGAGCCAGAAAAGUUCGCUGUAAAUUUAUACGGGAUGUAAGCAAUAACAAUUAAAAUAAGG